AUGCAUAAGGCCUACCAGCCCCUCAAACCUGCCACUAACAAGCUCCUGCAGAAGAAAUGGGACCAGACAUGCUAUGAGGAGCAUCGCAAGAAGGUGAAGGAAGUCAAGCCCGUAGUGGACAUAAAAGGCAUCCCAACUCCCACCCAUGUCCAACUAAAGCUAAAGAAAACACAGGUUCAAGAGGAGAGACAGGCCAUUAUCGAGAGGGAUAACCAGCUACUGGCAUCCAGACUAGCCCGCAUAGGGCACUCUAAAGGUCUCAUAGAUCACAGAAAUGACUAUCCAGAGCGCAGUUUAAAUUCUGAAAGGAGGCGAGAACAGCUACUGCAGGUGACUCGUCAGAACCAGGCAAUCUAUCAGCGAAUCACAGCGCGGGAAUCUGAAUAUAGGCGGGAGCUUUGGGUGGAGGACUGGGAGAGAGUGGAGCGAAGACGAGAUGAUAUUGCAUGUUAUCCAAGGGGAGUGGCCAAUAAACAGAGACUAAAGAAGAGUGUGAAGUUUUCAGGAGGAGCCCCAGGGCAACGUCGGUCUUCGUCCAUCAGGACAGAUAAUAGCCAUGUUGAAAGCACAGAGGAAGACACCCAACAUCAAUAA